CCAUUCGUCGUCUCGCAGACGCAAAGAUUAGACUUAAUCAUUCACGGGAAGAAGGUAGUUCCAUUGAAUGGGACGAAAAGCGACGCAGCUUGUUAUUAUUCGCCGUAACCGUUCGUGCAGUAGGGGAUCGAUCCGAUAAGCUGCCCGCGGGGGCUAUCCCACGGGAGCAUUAGGAUGGUUUGCAUUGGUCGGUUCGUUGGUCGUUACUGUCAGUCUCUUUCAGACCGUUCGAGUGAUCAGAUGCAAUCGAAGUGCCGUACAGCAUCGGUACGAUGGUGACGUGCGCGUUAGAUGGUGUUAUUACCUACGGUUUGGCACUGUUGCUAGCGUCCGUGGUUGGUGGGAAUCCGCUCGAAGCGGGUUGCCCACUGGUACGGUCUGCAACAGCUGCCACAUCCGAAUGGCAGCCGCGAACUCCGGAGCAAACGCUGUACGCGUACGUGCGCUGCCUGAACGAUUCGUCCGCCAGCAUUGAGAUGAAAAUCCGCUGGGUCAUGUGGCAGCCGGAUCAAUCGCCCGAAAGCCAAUGUUACGUCAAGUGCGUCAGUGAGGAUCUCCGGCUGUACGAUCCGGUUCGGCGUCAAUUUGUGCCGGAACGGUUCGAGCAGCAGGCGCGUGCAUUUCACGAGGAUCCCAACACUGCCGAUCUGCAGCAACUCUACGACGAUGCGAACCGGUUGCUAGCGGGCGAACUGCCCGACAGUGAGUGUUCGACCGUGUUCGCGAAGUACGCACCAUUCUACGCUGUACAUCAGGAACACAUACUGGACAUCUUCCAUGGUGACUUGCGGAAGAUCUUGGUCACGUACAAACAGCUGGGACCGCACGUCAAACAGAUCGGACAACACUUUAUGGACUACUGCGAGAAGCGGUACGGAUUUGUUUGGUCCGAGGAGGAACAACGGCACUGUCCCGAUCGAACCGCAGUGGACUGUAUACUGCAUGGUUUCCGUUGGAUCACCGAGGAGGGUACGGUGAAUGUUGCGGAGAUUGUGCGAGAUUUCAGCGGAUUUGGAGUAGCGGCUAACGAACUUGAGCGGUGUCAAGUGGCUGAUGAACUCUAUUGGUGUUUACGCGCUAUCAGUGCAGACAAACUAUCGGCCGUGAUACGGCAGCGCAAUGCACAAACCGCGUACUACUUCGAUCAAUCGUCCGUAGAUGAACCGUGGAAGUCGGCGGUGGAGUUCGGUAAUUCGCGUCUUAAUCGUGCUUCCUGAAAAGGGUGAACGAAGCCCCCCCACGGCGAAGUUGUAGAUAAGCUACAAGCAAAUACUAUUAUAAACAGCUGUUUUCAUCCACAAUAAACUAAAGUGAUCAGUAAACAAA